AUGGAGGCGGGCCCGGGCGCCCCGGAUGGACACGGACCCGCAGCCCGUCUGCUGCAGCUCGGAUCCGGAGCGCCUGAAUACGGGGUGCUUUGCAUUCAAGAAUACAGAAAAAACAGCAAAGUGGAGUCAAGUACACAUAACAGCUUCAUGGGCUUGAAGGAUCAUCUGGGGCAUGACCCAGGCCACCUUUAUGUGGAGAGCACUGACCCACAUUUAAGUACAUCUGUACCUUGGUCAAUGGUAGAAAAACCAACAAUGGAUAAAGUUAAUUCCGGGAAGGAAGAAAAAGAGAUGUCUGAAGAGAAUGCGAGCUCUGGUGACUCUGAAGAAAGCACAAAUUCUGAUAAUGAGUCAGAACAAUUGAGUAGCAUCUCAGUAGAGCCAUGCUUAUUAACCAAGACUCACAGACAGCUAUGUAGGUCUCCCUGUUUAGAGCCUCACAUACUCAAAUGCAGUGAAAUUUUGCAAGACUUUAAACCUGAAGAGUCCCAGCCAUCCAAGGAAAUGAAAAAACCCCCUGAUGUGGUGCGAGAAUACCAAACAAAACUGGAGUUUGCACUGAAGCUAGGUUAUUCUGAAGAACAGGUUCAACUUGUGCUAAACAAACUUGGUACUGAUGCUUUAAUCAAUGAUAUUCUGGGAGAACUUGUCAAACUUGGAAAUAAAAGUGAGGCUGAACAAACAGUUAGUACACUUAACAUUAUAAUGCGGGAAACGUCUUCCCUGGAAUCUCAGCGGUCUGAAUCUCCGAUGCAAGAGAUUAUAACGGAUGAUGGGGAAAAUCUGAGACCAAUAGUUAUUGAUGGCAGCAAUGUGGCAAUGAGCCAUGGAAACAAAGAAGUCUUUUCCUGCCGAGGAAUAAAAUUAGCAGUGGAUUGGUUUUUGGAAAGAGGCCACAAGGAUGUCACCGUCUUUGUUCCUGCUUGGAGGAAAGAGCAGUCCCGGCCCGAUGCACUUAUUACAGAUCAAGAAAUCCUACGUAAAUUAGAGAAGGAAAAAAUCCUGGUGUUCACACCGUCGCGGCGAGUGCAGGGGAGGCGAGUGGUGUGCUAUGAUGACAGGUUCAUCGUGAAACUGGCCUUUGAGUCGGAUGGUAUAAUUGUGUCCAAUGAUAACUACAGGGAUUUGGCAAAUGAGAAACCAGAAUGGAAAAAGUUCAUAGAUGAGCGAUUAUUAAUGUACUCAUUUGUCAAUGACAAGUUCAUGCCCCCGGAUGACCCUCUUGGCAGACAUGGCCCAAGCCUGGAUAAUUUUCUAAGGAAGAAACCUAUUGUUCCUGAACACAAAAAGCAGCCUUGUCCGUAUGGAAAGAAGUGUACGUAUGGACACAAGUGCAAAUACUACCAUCCGGAAAGGGGCAGUCAGCCUCAGCGGUCAGUGGCUGACGAGCUGCGUGCCAUGUCCAGAAACACAGCAGUCAAAACUGCGAACGAAGGAGGACUGGUGAAAAGCAACAGCGUCCCCUGCAGCACUAAGGCCGACAGCACUUCUGACGUCAAGCGAGGCGCUCCAAAGAGGCAAUCAGACCCAAGCAUAAGGACUCAAGUCUACCAGGACCUAGAGGAAAAGCUUCCCACCAAAAACAAACUGGAAACCAGGUCUGUACCUUCCUUAGUUAGUAUACCGGCUACUUCUACCGCCAAACCCCAAAGCACUACAUCUUUAAGCAAUGGCCUUCCAUCUGGAGUUCACUUCCCACCUCAGGAUCAAAGACCACAGGGGCAAUAUCCUCCGAUGAUGAUGGCAACCAAAAAUCAUGGAACGCCAAUGCCUUAUGAACAGUAUCCAAAAUGUGACUCGCCCGUCGACAUUGGAUAUUACUCCAUGUUGAAUGCAUAUUCAAAUCUGAGCGUCUCAGGCCCACGGAGCCCUGAAAGGCGUUUCUCCUUAGACACGGACUACAGGAUCAGCUCUGUGGCCUCUGACUGCAGCAGCGAAGGGAGCCUGAGCUGCGGGAGCAGUGACUCUUACGUGGGGUACGGCGACCGCCCCUACGUCAGCUCCCCCGACCCGCAGCUGGAAGAGAGCCUCAAGUGUCCGCACAUGCACCCUCACGGCCGCCUUAACUCCCAGCCCUUCCUGCAGAGUUUCCACGACCCCUUAACCAGAGUGCAGAGUUACAGUCACGAAGAACCAAAGUACCAUCACAAGCCUCCGCUCCCGCACCUGGCCGUGCGCCUGCAGCACCCGGCCGUGGGCGCGCGGUCCAGCUGUCCCGGCGACUACCCGUCCCCGCCCGGCUCGGCGCACGCCAAGGCGCCGCACCUCGGGCGCUCCCUGGUGGCCACGAGGAUAGACAGCAUCUCCGACUCGCGGCUCUACGACGGCUCUCCGUCCAGGCCGCGGAAGCCCCACGCCCGCCAGGAAGGGCUGGGCGGCUGGGACCGGCAGAGCUACGGGCUGGACGCAUACGGCUACCGGCAGACCUACUCCCUGCCUGAUAACCCCACGCAGCCGUGCUACGAGCAGUUCACCUUCCAGAGCCUCCCCGAGCAGCCCGAGCCCACGUGGCGCGUCCCGUACUGCGGCGCGCCGCCGCCGGACCCCCCCAGGUACCAGGACAGCCGAGAAAAGAUCUUCGUCAACCUGUGCAACAUCUUCCCGCCCGACCUGGUGAGACUUGUCAUGAAGAGGAACCCUCACAUGACAGACGCCCAGCAGCUGGCUGCAGCGAUUCUAGUGGAGAAAUCACAGCUGGGCUAUUGA